AUGUCUGCUCCCUCGACUCCUGGUUCCUCUCAGAGGCCUUAUAAAGUCCGACAAGCUUGCGAUCCGUGUCAUCGACGGAAAAUACGAUGCAAUGGAAGUAAUCCGUGCGUCAAUUGCCAAAACUCGGGGUUAGGCUUAGAAAGCCCAAUCCCAAUACCAGAUACGGGGGACUUCUAUCCAUCACCACAAAUUACUGAAUCUGUUGUCAAAUGGUGCUUGGAUGCUUACUUUAAACACAAGUACCCGCUCACGCCAAUUCUGGACCGUCGAAAACUUGAAGAAAGUCCAGCUUCAGCUGAGAAUUAUAGCCUGAUCUCGGCUUGCUGCGCUAUCAUUGCACUAUCUCCAGAGAUAUUGCCCCCAUCGCCUACACAGGACGAUAUCACCCUUCCAUCUGCCGACUUUCUGAUAUCGGAGACUCUUCGCUCAAGGAGACAUUGCAAGGCUGUGGAACACCCAUCAUUAAUUCAUGUUCACACUUCAUUCUUUCUUUAUGCCGCUUUCUUCUCUAUGGACAAGGACAAUCAGGCAUGGUACUACCUGCAAGAGGCCAUCACAAUGCUACAGACCCUGCGAUUGCACGAAGAAAUCACAUAUGAUGAUUUCCUUGACCCAAUUGUUUCUAUCUAUGCUCGACGAACUUUCUGGGUUCUGUUCAUUACUGAGAGAGCAUACGGAUUGCAGAGGAAUCGCCCCAUCCGAUUACAGGAAACAUUGGAGCUCCCAGCUAUUGAUCCCUUAUCACAAGACGCAGACAUACUUCUUGGCUUCCACGAUCUGAUCUCCUUGUUUCGUCCUUUUGACUCUGACUUUAUUACGAACUGGAAUCAGAUGACUCCUUCAACUCCAACUGAUUCUGUUCGCCUGUCACAUCUCCAAGGCCUUCUAAAAUAUUCCUUGCCGAAUCUGUCAAACCACUCCCAGGUCCAACAAGCAGAUCUCCUCAUCUCACGCCAAUGGCUCAAAACAGUGGUGUGGAAGCUUUGUGCUUCAAAACAAAUAUUAUCCACAGCAAGCAGCGACAAUGCCAUGUCGCUCCAUUAUCCUGCCAGUAUUGCACGUGAUAUCGUUCUCAUAUCACAGCUAGUGCCGACUCAGGCGUUUGAAGCCAACGGCAUUGGAAUUCUGGAAAAGGUAUUCGAUGUGGGAUGUUCCCUGGCAGACCUCAUGCUAUUAGUACCACCAGACUUCCAAGCCUCGGCUAUGGAUGUCGGUGCGAUUGACACGCUAGUUGAGAUGAUAGGAUUCAAGGUGGGUCAGUCAGCCUUAACUUAUACUAGGAAGAGUUAUGCCAUGAACGAUCAACAGUGA